UGCUACACUCAACUUUUACCUAAGAUCCAUGCACACACAAGACAUGUGAGAUGCUUUUGCUGUCUCUGGAUGUCCUUUAACUACCUCAACAGUGUUUAGAGACAUGGUCAUUUGAAAUUCGCUAGUUUGUCACCCUUUCGGACUGUUAUUGCAAUGGCUGGCGAGGAGCAAGGUGACAAAAAACAGGGAUUCAAAUUAAUGGGGAUUCUAGACAUCCAGAACACUGCAUGUGCCAGGGAAGCACUACUGCACGGCGCAGGGGGGUCUUUAGUGGCAGGACUCCUUCACUUCUUAGCCACAAGUCGGGUGAAGAGGUCAUUUGAUGUUGGCUUUGCUGGGUUCUUUCUGACAACACUGGGAUCAUGGUGCUACUGCCGAUACAACAAUGCAAUGCUGCGUGUUCAACAGAGAGUGAUACAGGAAGGGAUAAAGAACAAAGUCAUGUAUGAAGGCACCAGUAUUGACCCCACACGGAAGCCCAAAGUAGACGAGAAGAACUCCUAGCACCUUUUUGCAAAGCGCUAAUGCCACCAUUGUCACUCACUCACAUUUCAUUUCACUGUUAUUAAGACACACUUUUUAAAUGAAGUACUAUGUCUGGAAACUGUGAAUCUUAUAGUGGUAUGUGAAUAGUAGAAAAUCUUUUGGAAGUCAUUUGGAUCAUUGACCAUCAAGCCAUGUGAUUAGAUUUCAAGGUGUAAAGUAUAGUGUGACAAGUUCAAUGCAGUGAAAGGACGUUCUAAAUGAAGUGUUUUUCAGACCACUCUCUAACUAGUCUGAACAUUUUAUGGUGAAUUUUUAUCAAGCCUGCACCUUAGAACAUUGACAGGGAAGAUGUUGUAUAAUCAGGUGGCCACUAGAUGGCAGUUCACACACUGUGUAAUACAUCAGACAACAUUUCAGCAUAUAGUUGCUGCACAGGAAACACAUUUGGAUGAGAUGCCUCUCGUGGUUCUUUAGUCCAGCAAAGGUGUCGACCUGUUUUCCUUUCAUCUCAGUCUUCAAGUGCACUUCAAAGCAUUAAAGUGUAAUUCCAGCGACAAGUGACCCAAGGGUGUUUCUCUGCAUUAAAACACAUCAAAUAA